AUGUUCGAAGCCUACACGCCAAGUGAAGUUGCUCCAAAGCUUCCUGUUGAAGUAGCAUGCCUCACAUAUCAACAAUCUAGCAGCAGUGUUCUCGCCGGUGGCAAAACUGGCCACCUUUUCGUAUUCACAUCAUCCACUAAUAGAAGAGGCUUCGAAUAUACGAAUAUGUGCAAAAACUUUGAAAGGAGUUCGGUAUUAGAAUUAAGUGUGUGUGAGCGUGAGGAAAUUCUUCUUUGUGUAUCAGGAGGACAACUUGUAGCCCAUCGCUUAAAUGAUACAAAAUACGCUGUUGAAACGUUGUUGCACAAAGUGAAACCAGUUACAACUUUUGCAAAGUAUGAGCCAAAAGGAUCGGGAACACUUUACUUACUAGUUUCCUCGAAGAAGAAAUUGUUUCUAUUCAAAUGGGGACAAAAUGAAGGCCAUGAUGAUUUUGUGGAAGUUUCCUUCGACUAUAAUCCUGUCUUCACCGAUACCCCAACCUGCAUAAAAUGCGUCGAUGAACGAAUAUAUUUUGCUAGCCGUAGUGAUUACUAUUGCAUGAUGAUGAAAAAAGACUCAUCUUCUGAGAAAGAGACCUGGAGCGGCUUUAUCCAUCCCCUUCUUAACUUUCAAUCAAUUCCUGGAAUAAUUCCCAUGCAAGACCGAGGCAGAAUUGCAUUUGUUCGAAACGAAAAAGUUGUUACGACGAAUUUAGAAGGAUCAAAAGCACCAGAAGAAUUUAAAUUUUCGGAAUCUCCUCUUCAACUAGUUUACGAUGCUCCAUACCUCGUUGCAAUGCUUUCGAAGGGACGCGUUGAAGUUCGAUCAUCUUUUGAUGGUUCUACCAUUCAAACCUUGUCGUUUAACAGAGCAUUUACUCUUUGUAAUGGUCACAGAGGGCAAGUGUUUAUCGCAGCAACUAAUGAUAUUUGGCUUCUUGAUACAUCAGUCAAUUUGCGCAAAAAUGUUUCGAAAUUAAUUCAGGAAAGACAAUUUGAACUAGCGAUUCAACUCACCGAAGGAUCAAAUUUAUUCUCAGAAGAGAACAAAGUUGAAAUUAAGCGACAAGCGGCGCUCAAUUUAUUUCAGCAAAAAAAGUUUGAUGAAUCUUUUGCCUUGUUUGGCGAAAUAAAAACAGAAGUGCUUACCAUUCUUCAAAUGUUCCCUGAUUUGCUUCCUGAAGGAAUGAAAAGAAGUCCACAUGCUUUAGAUCUCGCGACAAAUGACAAAAUGAGGGCAAUGCUGGCUUUGGGAAACUUUUUAUCACAAAUAAGAACGGAAUAUGCGAAACAAAUCGAUUUUCACAAUAAAAGUAGGAGUCGAUCUGGUCAUGAUGAUAUCAAUAAGUUGCUGCUAACACUUCGUGUUGUAGAUACAACCUUGUUACGCUGUUACAUCAAGACGAAACCGACAUUGGUGGAUUCUCUGAUUCGAUUGCACAAUAACGCCUGCACUUUCGACGAUGCUGAAUCGAUUUUAAAAGAAGAAAAUAGGAUUCGGUCACUGUUUAUUUUAUACGAAUCAAGGAAAAAACAUGAAAUGGCACUUGAUCUGCUCAUUGAGCAAUCUUCAAAGGGUGACUGCGAUCCGUUUUUCAAUGAUGCAAUUGAGAAAAUUGUCGAAUAUCUUCAAUCAUUGGGAAAUGCCCAUAUUCAUUUGAUAUUUCGAUACGCUAAAUGGGUUCUAUGUAAGGAUUUGAAUGCGGGAGUUCAAAUUUUCAUUGGCGACGAAACCGAAAUGACGCGAAAUUUGGAUCGACGAGCAGUUGUGAACUUCAUGAUGAAUGAAUGCGUACCGGCUUUGAUCCCAUAUUUGGAGCAUGUCAUCUACAAAUGGGAAGAGACCGACGCGUUCUUCCACGAGACCCUUUUGGAAUAUUACGUAUUUAAAGUGAACGCGUUGUUCAAGGAAUACGUGCACGCUUUUCCUGAUGAUGAGAAUAUGACUCGAGCAGGAGAGGAAGAAGGCGAUCUUGGAAUAUACCGUCAACGACUUCUGAAGUUUUUGCAAUAUUCUCAAGCUUACAGCCCCCAAACUGUGCUUCUAAAGCUUUCGCCUCAUGCUUUUUACGAGGAACGCGCUUUAAUAUAUGGACGAUUGAAACAACAUGACAAAGCGUUGGCCAUAUAUAUUUCCACAUUGAAAAAUAAUGAAGCUGCUGAAAAAUACUGUGAACUUUAUUACAAUCCAUACGAUGAAGUGAAUUCUCAGGUAUUUCUGCAACUUUUCCGAGCUCUUGUGUCUUCAUCAAACCCGCCAACUGAGCAAAUCAUUUCACCAUUUGGCUCAUAUCGUGAUGAUUUGUCUGAAAUUUCUACUGCCACUACUGCUGCGUCUACAAUUUCGGCGCAAAAUAUUGCUGAUGUGAAUGAGGCAAUCAAGAUUUUAGCCAAACACGCGGACAAAAUACCAACAAUUUCUGCAUUAAGUCUUCUCCCAUCUCAAACUCCGUUGAGAAUAGUUUCUUCUGCUUUAAAUGCUGUAGUCCAAACCACUAAUGACGUUUCAAAUAUGUGUUCACUCCAAAAAUGUGUUUCACAAUGUGCAUUGGAAAAACGGCAGGCUAAAAAACUUGCAGCUGAAUCCAUUAAAAUUGCCAUAAAUCAUUCUACGGAAUGUGUUGUUUGUGGAAAAAAGCUCGGUGUAAUCACCAUCACGAUGCCAAAAGAAAUUAAGGAAAUCAAAGAGUUCCUGGUGAAGGCUCGCAGAAAGGACGCCAAAUCUGUUAAGAUAAAGAAGAACAGCAACAACACCAAGUUCAAGGUCCGAUGCAGCAAGUACCUUUACACCUUGGUCGUCGGAGAUAAGGACAAGGCCGAGAAGCUCAAGCAAUCGCUUCCACCAGGCAUUCAAGUCAAGGAGCUGAAGUAA